CUGGCCCUUUAGGCUUCAUGCUGAGGCUAGGAAGAGAAGCCCCGAAGCUCUGCCACUCCCUCAGCCUCUCUUCGGGGGAGGCCUUGCCGAAGCCCCUCAGAAAGAGGGUUUCAAGAGCGGGGUUUGGGUGCUGGGACGCUCCCUCAGCCUUCAGGGGAAGGAGUGGGGAUCGGGAGGGAAAGAAAGGCCCCGAAGGCCCAGAGGCUUCUGGCGGACCGUCCUCGGGGGCGCUGUAGGCGCGAGCCAGGCCUCUCUUGGCCUCUCUUGGCCGCCUCCUCCUCCUCCUCCUUCCCUGCCGCCUUGUCCCUUCUUCCUUCCUGGGCGGAGCGGGGAGGCCGCCAUCCCAGCCGGGCUCCCCUCAGCCCCCCUCGGAACAAGAGGAAGGGCGAUGGCAUCGGAACAACCAAAGGAAGAGGAGGAGGAGGAAGAGGAAGAAGAGGCAAUGGCGGUGGCGAGUGACCCAGCCAGCCAGGCGGCCCAGUGCGACCCUGACCUGCCCAAAGGACUUGCCAGUUUGCCUCCCAGCACAAAUGACCUUUCCAUUCAUGAGAAUGACGACCUGGUUCUGGCUGCUACUAGGCAGACCCUUCUGAUCCACAAAGAGAACUCCAACGAAGAUCCCAUGGAAGAUGUAGAAGGGGAUUCUGGACUCCUGGAGAGGGACUCAUCCUUGCUGGCUCCCAAGGGCCCCAACACCUCAGAAGAGCCCUCCGUUCCUGGCCCGCCACCUUCUGACCCCGGCCCUUCGAGCGAGGAGCUCUCUUUGCCUAACUUGGACAAUGUUGUGGGAGUAGAGAGACCUUCCUCCCCCUCUGAAGAAAGCCCACCAGUGGCUCAGCCACUGCCACAGCCAGAGGACCUAUCUGAGGACCAAACUGGAGUCAUCCUUAAUUGCUCCAAGGCUGAGCUGGGAUCUUUGAUCUUGCAGCAUGGUAGAAGGCAGAACGGGUGUCCAGACGUGGAAGACACGCCCCUGGCAGCGCCGCUGAGCGGGGAGAACCAAGAGCAAGAUGGUGCCUCUCCCAAACCUUCCCACAACAUGGCCAUCCAGACAGACUUCAAGACAGCUGACCUGGAAGUGAACACAGAUCAAGACAUUGAAAAGAAUCUGGGUAAAAUGAUGUCUGAGCGAGCUUUGCUGAAGGAGCGCUAUCAGGAAGUGCUGGACAAGCAGAGGCAGGUAGAGAACCAGCUCCAGGUGCAGCUGAAGCAGCUCCAGCAGCGACGGGAGGAAGAGAUGAAGAAUCACCAGGAGAUCCUGAAAGCCAUUCAAGAUGUCACUGUGAAACGGGAAGAGACAAAGAAGAAGAUGGAAAAGGAGAAAAAGGAAUUUUUGCAAAAAGAGCAAGACUUGAAGGCAGAAAUCGAGAAGCUCUGUGAGAAAGGGAGGAGGCUGCUGAAAGAGCAAGAGGAGAAGGAGAGCAAAAUCGUUUCACUCAUUGUUGAGCAGUCCGAGGAAAAGGAGGUGUGGGAGCUGGAACUGGACAAACUGAAGAACCAGCACAAUGAGAUCAACCAGUCCAUUUUGGAGGAGACGGAGCGGGCCUGGAAGGCUGAGAUUCUGUCCCUGGAGAGCCGAAAGGAACUGCUAGUGCUGAAGCUUGAAGAGGCAGAGAAAGAAGCAGAGCUGCACCUCACCUACCUCAAGUCGGCACCACCCACACUGGAGACCAUCCGACCAAAGCAGGAGUGGGAGACAAGGCUGAACAGGAUACGGAUGACCAAAGAGAGUGUCCGUGACCAGUUCAACGACCACAUCCAGCUGGUGCGGAACGGGGCCAAACUGAGCAGCCUCCCUCAGAUCCCCACGCCCCCCCUGCCACCACCCCCUCUGGAGACAGACUUCCUGCUGCCCGCCUUCCAGUCCAACUCCUCCCUGGCCCCGCGGCUGCCUUUCCCCCUCGGGACAGUCCCUGUGCCCAUGGUCAUGCCCAGUGCAGACCCCCGGGUGCUUGCUUUUCCCCUCCUGAACCCUUCCAUUUCCAGGCCCAACCAGCCCUCGCCCCCUUUGCCUACUUCUCAGGGCCAGAGCAGCCCUGUCCUCGGCUCUCUGGUCGGCUCCCGUGUGGCACCCGGGGCUUCGCUCCCUAUCCCCCCACCACCGCCGGGCCUGGGCAGCAUCAAAGGGGCCUCGGACUUCCACAGGCCCCCACCAGUGGACAAGCUGGAGAAGAUCCUGGAGAAACUGUUGACUCGAUUUCCCCAGUGUAAUAAGGCACAGCUGACCAACAUCUUGCAGCAGAUCAAAGCAGCACGAAGGACCCUGGCAGGGCUCACCAUGGAAGAACUGAACCAGCUGGUAGCUGCCAAACUGGCAGAACAGCAGGAGCGAGUGGCAGCGGUUGGCACGCAGCCUCAUGGGCGGAUCUGCCCUCCUAUGUUCCCAGCUCCACAGAUGAGCAACCCAAUGUUCUUGCCUUCUGCCCAGGUCUCCUAUGCUGGAACGCCCUCCCAGACCCCUGCAGCCUGCAAACUGUGCCUGAUGUGCCAGAAGCUGGUCCAGCCCAGUGAGCUUCAUCCCAUGGCCUGUUCCCAUGUACUUCACAAAGAGUGCAUCAAGUUCUGGGCUCAGACUAACACAGACGACACUUGCCCCUUUUGCCCAAGCCUGAAAUGACUCCUGGGGCAUCCAGGACACCAACGCCAUCACACAGCACUUGCCUGGGGAGCUGGGGAGGACUCAGCCAAGAUGCCCACAGACACCUGGAUUUCUACAGCUCUAUAUUUAUAUGGCCAUGUAUACACAUGUACAUUUUUAUUCUAUAGGGAAUGUGUGUAUAGAAAGUCUGUAUACAUACCAGUUCAUAAUAAUAAAGUGUGUAUAUUAUGCAGAGCA